UUGGGGCUGUAUUAGUUACUUUUUUUUACGUAAAGAUUCUAGAGUAUUUUUUACUCUAGCAUCUUCUUUACGCCCUUGCGAAGUAAGCGUGAGAGCCGCGACCGCCCAAGGCUCACACAUUUCUGGAACACACACAAUAUUAAGACUCCGUAGCCAUUUUGGGGUCAAGCGAGUUUGGUUUCUAGAGUUUUGAUAUUUAUUAUUUUGCAGAACUAAGCUCCGAAUUUAACGGACGCCAGUGCCUCAACACACAGUGAAUUGAAGACCGACCUCCACGUGGUGCUGCAACGAACUAAAAGUUACUUGAAAAAUGAUGCAGCAACUGAAAAUGAAACUCACAAUGUUACUCCUUCCCGCGUUGCUCCUUGCCGGCGAGGGUUUUGCGCUCCUUGUUAACCCCCGCACGCGCGGUGGAGGUCGUGGUCGUGGAAGGCGGUGGAAAAAGAAGAAGGCUGCUUUGCGAAAACCAAACCAGAAGAAAAAGAAGGCGGAGGAGAUUGAAAAAGGCGAUUUUUGCCCCCGUGUGACUGGAUUCGAAACCCCAGAGGCUGCUGUAAAAGAGUUUAUUCGCCGCAAUCCGGGGGCAGAGGGCAAAGUGGGGGCUUUCCAGCUCCCGCACGAACUACUAAAACAGCUGCAAGAAGUGGAAGCUGAGUACGCGCAGCUCGCACGGAGAGGUAAAACCACGCCCGGGAAGCCGAUGAGGGACGUGCAGAUGAUAUCGAAGGGCACAGCGGGGUUCUGGGAGCGCUUGGCAGAAGUGAAAGCCUGGCUUUUCGCGAAAAUGCAACAGGAGUCUUCUCUUAUUGGCGGCGGUUCACCUUCGGAAAUGGAGCGCGUUGACAAAAGAAUGAGUUCAAAAGAUGACCUCCUCCGCGCCCAAUUUUUGGACUCGCAAGUCCGUGGGACGCCGAGGAAGCUUGACGAAGUGCUAGGCAUUACAGAUGGUGAAGUCGUUGCUGGGUUUUUACACCAGUUUCGUGAGUACGCAGAUUCAACGCCCGGCACUGGUGAUUGGGUUGGUCCCAGCCUCCAAUAUGCUGUCAAUCUCGAAACGAAUGCCAAUAUCCAAACUUACAGAUUUUGGGUCAUCAAGCCACAAGAUUGCGAAUCACUUGUCGUAAACUACAAGUAAAGUUCUUGUAGUAAAUAGAAGCUCUUGUAGUAAAAGUAAUAAAUUACAACCCUUAUUGUAAUUCAGUAAUGAGGGUCUUGGGGGAGUCCACAAGGCCCAGGGACGAUUUUUCUGAGUGCACAUCAUGCUGUCAAAUGCCGCAGACAAGUACAUGAUUGCCCUUGUUGCCCGCACCAGGUACGGGCAUUCGCGUGAAAAUGCUGCAUUACAGUGAAUUAUCUCUCAUUAGCUACAAGACUCAAAAUUUGUCUAGGAUACGUCAUUCGUUCAAUGUGCCACAGGCGUGGCACCAAGACGGUAUUCAGGGGGGCUCGAAGUACCUGGUUCUUAUCACGGUAAACACACCGGCCGGUCUGGACACGCAAAAAACCGGCACAUGGAUUGGCACUAACGACUUACUGUCCGGUUCAGAACCCUGGAUCUCGUUUCCGGAAAAUGGCGAGCAAACUGGAGCCGCGGCGGCACAAGAAGCGGUGGCACCGUCGGAGUCGAUGAACAAGCGCCAGGACAAAAAAAAGAUCUUUGGCUCCGCGGCUCGCCCGCCUCUGUUAGCGGGCGAUCCUGAGCUAGAUCGAAAAGCUCACUACCAGCUUUUACGCCCUUACGAAGUAGAUGACAAGCCGCUCUCUGACAGUAGCACUGCGGGUGCACAACGCCCACCAGAGGCGGGGGGCGUUCUUCCGGUGGAUGUGAAGCAGAAAUUAGUCAAUACGCCUUCCUCCUGCGACCCUCGCAUGGUUCUGGUUCCGGGCCCCCCGGGCACCGUGUUGGUCAUCAGAAAUUACGAGCUCGCACAUGCGGGGCCGCAAAUAAUUCUCGAGAAAGAAGAAUGGUCGUAUGAGGAGGUUCGCGAGAAGUGUUACGAUCAACAACGCCGCACCUUGUUGCGCCUCAAUAUCUGA